AAGCAGCAGUGGCGCCUCAUCUACGACGAGCAGUUCAUGAGCGCUCGCAAGCGGGCAGCUCUUGGCAAGGGCAUCUUCGACGAGACGGACCCGACCGACCCGGCCUCAGCUCGUCAGGUACUCGCCGUCCACGUAGAAGACCUCCGCGAAACGGCCCGAGGCCAUGUAGUCGGCCACGAGCUCGAGGUCGACCCCGAGGCGUUCGUGCUUGCGGACACGUCGCCCACGUGCACCCCGUCCCCGCCGCCAGAGGCCGAAAACAUCUCGGUGAGGCUCGCAGCCUUCACCUCCUUCACGGGGGAGAAGUCCCGGGGCCGCGGCGGGGCCCUCGGCCACGGCGUGCACGGCGCGGGUUCACCUACCGCGGCAGCGUCGUCGCCCACGGCACAGCUCGCCAACGAGUACCCGUGGUCAUCCGUCGGCACCGCGUCCGUGGCCAUCUGGUCGGGCGAAGCAAACGGCCCGCAGCGCAUCGCCCCACCGCGUGACCAGCAGUGGGCAGGGCCCAUCGAACAGGGCGCGAAGACCACGGCACCGCACGAGCAGCGGCUGCCUCGCACCUCGUCCUCCAUCCCCUCCUCCGACGCAUGCAUCGGCACCUCCGCGGCAGGCACGAAAGGCGGGGCCGCCACCCGCAGCACCGUGUGCGGGGCCUCCGCGCCAGCGGGGCCCCGCGGCAGCCCACUGGAGCUCCUCGUCCGUGGCCUGCGAGAAGCCGAGGGGCGGGACGCGGGCCGCGUGCCACGCGGCGUUGCGGCGGCGCCGCGAACGCCCUGGCACAGGCGCGCCGAGGGCCGCCAGCUGCAGUGCUGGGCGCGCGGCCCGCUCGCGGUCACGCUGGCGGCGCAGCACCCAGGUCGGCCCGGGCACGCCGUAAGCCAGCCUCGCAGCUUGGGCCGGCAGAUGGCGCGGGAGCCCCUCCGUGGGGCAGCUGGGGCCUGGGCUGCCGCGGACCGCCUCGUCCAGCGGCUGGUGAAGGAGCUGUCGGAGGCCCGGCUGGAGAUCGAGCGCCUCAAGAGCCUGCAGGAGCCAGCUGGCGAUGCCGCCCCGGGCUCUUGGCGCGACCGAGAGCUGGCGGCGCGGCCGGCCUUGCAGGCCGCGGUUGCAGGCGCGCGUGUGUGCGGACGUCGCAGGCGCCGCCGCAACGCCGCGUGGCACGCGCGCCGCGUGCCAGUCGGCGGCUUUGCGACGGCCUCCGACGCGGCCAUCGCGGAGGUGGCAGCAGGGCCGCGCCUCGGAGCCUUCGGCGGGCAGGCCGAGCGCGUGCCCGUGGAGUGCGUCGUCGAGAUCUGCCAGGCGGAGGCCGCUGUGGUCUUUCCGCGUGUCGAAUGCGAAGUCUGCUUGGUGGAGCCUGCGGUGAAGCGGCUUGGUGGAGGCGUCCGCGCGCCGCACGCCGCUGCGCUCCGCGGCGAGGUGGACGGUGCUGCAGGCGCGGGUGCGACGCCGCCGCGGCUGGAGCAUCUGGGAGGCGAGGAGGACAGCGCCAGCGUCGUGCAAGGUCACUUCGAUGAUCUGAGCAGCGUCGAGGAGAGCUUCGACGGGCAGGAGCAGCGCAUCGGCAUCGGGGAGGUGCUGGCCAAGGCUGUAGGCCGAGUGCACAACGACUGCGAUUUCGACGCGGCGGAGCAGCAAGCGCAGGCCCGCGCGGUCUCGGCCAUCAGGCGCCCUGCCCAGGGGCUGAGCGUGCGCUUCGCUGCGGGGCCACGCGUGUUGCCACAGAGGCUGACAAGUUGCAAAUUUUACGUGGUCCGCCCUGCCCUACUCCAGCUUGACCAGCUUGCGUUCCAGCAGGCAGCAGCUGCUUCACUGCCAGUUUUCUGCCUGCCGUUCUCGGCGUGGCUGUCUGGGCCGCCUGGUCUCCAGUGGAAUUUGUUGGACUUGGAGCUUGGCCCAGGCUCCUGGCUUCAGUUUCGCUUGUGGGCGGUCGUGCGGAUGACGGGGUGCUGGCCGCUCCAGGACCUCCAUCUGGUCUCGCCUUCCUCUGCCCAGGUCUCCCAGUUCCUUUUUCACCAGUCCCGGCCGCCGGCGGAACGCCGCGAGUGCGCGCGCUUCGUCGCCGCUGCAGCGCUACUGGCCGUCACAGGUCUUUCCACUAAUUGGGCAGUUGCGGACCUCCAGUGGGCCUUUGAUGUGGCGCCUCAUCUCGCCAUGCUGCUGAAGGCUUAUGAGGCGGGGGUGCGCGGUGACGACUGGCUUCAGCUGGAUGGUUUCGUGUCGUCUGACGCGCAGUACAUCGCGCUCCGUGGCCACGUCUCGCGCCCUGCCCAGGGGCUGAGCGUGCGCUUCGCUGCGGGGCCACGCGUUGCCACAGAGGCUGACAAGGUCUCCCAGUACCUUUUUCACCAGUCCCGGCCGCCGGCGGAACGCCGCGAGCACGUGCACUUCGUCGCCGCUGCAGUGCUACUGGCCGCCACAGGUGCGGACAAGCGGAACAGCACACGUCGCGCGAACAACGACGCGUGA